AUGUCGGGCAACGAGCGGAUUCCAGUGGCAGCCAACGUGCUGGGAACUAUUGGCACUGUUUUCUGGUGCGUCCAGCUGGUGCCCCAGAUAUGGCACAACUGGAGACACAAAAAGACAGAUGGCCUGCCGCAGAGCAUGAUGCUUCUGUGGGCUGUUUCUGCUAUUCCUUUUGGCGUCUACAUGAUUCUUCAAGAUGUCAAUAUCCCGCUUCAGAUACAGCCUCAGCUGUUCGGCUUCUUUGGUUUUAUCAGCUGGGGCCAGAUCCUCUAUUACAACCAUAAUUUCUCAAAAUUUAAAGCAAGUGCCCUAGUAGUGAUAUUGGUGCUGCUUUGUGGUGGUAUAGAGGCCAUGUUCAUCCUCACUCUUAGGAUUCCAUACAGCAAAGGAAUCACCUGGCCCGAUUUGAUUUUUGGCAUUAUAGCAUCAAUCAUGCUGGCACUUGGAUUUCUGCCCGUGUAUCUUGAGAUGUGGAAGAGAAGGGGCCGGGUUGUUGGAUUCAAUUGGGUUUUUCUGAGCAUCGACACUCUGGGUGCUCUUUUUUCUCUUUUUGCUUUAGCCGCCCAGGGAACCUUUGAUAUCCUUGGUGGGGUUCUUUACGUUGUCGUGUUCCUUUGCGAAGUCGCCAUCUACGGCAGCCAUAUUACCUGGCGAAUUCGCCACCGCAAACUCCUCCAGACGGCAAAGACAUCGGGAAAGACAGUCGACGAGUUGCUGGAUGAGAAGAAAGGGGGGCAUGUUGAGAAUGUUUCAAGUCUGCCGGAUCUUGAAAAAGGUGUCCAAAACGAGAAAGAAGAGGCUCGGCCAACUGGUGAUGUCAGUACUGAUAUGGGACAACCUCGCGGUUCAGUGAACCAGGAUCUACCUCUACCGGCACAACGGUCAGAAUGA